AUGGCUGGACGGGAGGGAGGCUGGCCAAUGAGCGGGGCGGAGCGGACUGCGUUGCCGAGAGGAAAGGAAGCCUGGGCUGGUGGAGUGGCCUGGCCUAAACCGACGGAACUCCCCUUCUGCCUUCUCGUCUCCGGGACUUGUGAAAGCAACAAGCCAUCAGCUGGGACACCCGCCUUAAAAGACAGUCCCAGAGGCGAAAAUGAUGCUACAGGUGCUAGGCCUGGCUUUGGGGGAGGGGAGGCCCUUUUCAUAAAGGUGACUCUGAGUUCUUCAAAACUAUGCUACUGGAAGAAAAGCUCUACCCAGCUGGGACACUUGCAGCUAUGUGAUUCUAGCCUGGACUUUAACCUUGUCUCAGCCUCUGCCCAGACGUCAGUGCUGGACCUUGGACUCUUCCAUCUCCCAGGAAGCCCUGGGAGACGUCAGCCCUUCUGCACAGGGAUCACAUGCUGCAACAUCUUGCAGACUCAUGGCUCUAUCAGGAAAGAGACAAGGCCCAGCGCUGUCUCCACUGAGUCGCCUAGCUGCCUCCAUCCCUGCUCCUUGACUGAAAUCAUCUUCUUCAAGGUCACCCAUGAUCUCUUCAUUGCUACACCCUGUGACUGUUCUCAGGUCCGGUCUUCCUUGACCUCUCUGUUGCAUUUGACACUGUUGACCGGGCUCCAUUUCCGGAUGCAGGCACUCUCCUCUGUGCAGCUUCACGGCACUGCUCUGUUACGGUUAUCUUCCUAUGCGUCAGCUGAUGCUUCUCACAGAUCCUUCUGCUGUGACUUGAAGGAUGGACCAGAGAGGGGAGAGAGUGGAGUUGGGUUACUCCAGUGGUCCAGAUCUGAUAAGCAUGCCAUCUACACCUUCAUCCAGAAUCACGGUGGCCAUCUAGUCUGUCCUAUAUUACUAAAAAAAGAGUCUCCUUUACAACCCACCUAAUGGCCUUCGCUUGAAGACUUCCAAGGAAGAGGAACCUGUCACCUCUCAAGGUUGUCUGUUCUGCUCAUGAAUAGUUCUAAUUGCAAGGAAGUUUCUCCUUACAAAUCAAAUCUAACUCUACCUGACUGCAAAGAUCAAACUCAUUGAUAAAAGUCUUGAAAACAAGAGGGAGAGACUCAAACACAUCGAGACAAGAGAAAAAACAGAAUGAAUAAUGAUAGCAGAGAUUCAGGAAUAAACUUGGUGGUAAGAA